AUGUUCUCGGCAGGUUCGUCGGAGGUGCAGGUCAUUGCCAUUGAAGCCGGGGAGACUAUAAAGACCCAGAAUUCCUCUACAAACAGCAUGGUAUGUGCCGACGCGUGCGUUGAAGUCACCAAAGACACCUGAGGAGGCACCAAAUACACGUGGCGCACAAUCCGACGACUACAUUUCGUAACCAUCUUGUACACACUAAGGAUAGGGUCGACUAUUUAGAUAAGAAAGAAGUCGUGUAUAAGAUACCAUGCGACACUUGUAAUGCGGUUUACUGUGAUCGAACUGCGAACUCGGCCUCUACACGAAUACGAACAUUAUUUGGCCGCAAAAAAGGCAAAACUACUUGUCCCAAGUUGGCAUGCAUACGUUGGAAACUGGACACAAAUUCGCCUGGAACAGGACUUGUCUUAUAGGUGUCUGCUCAUCUAAAAAGUGCCGUGGAUUUUUAGAGGCAAUCCAUUCUGAUAACGCAUGCAUCAAUCGACACGUAGAAUUGGAUACGCUGUACAGCAGCCUCAAGGAAAAGUGGAAAAGGCAUUAGCAAAUCACACCAUUACACCAGCAGGAGUGACAAGGCGAAAUCGAUUUUUUCGGCUUGUUUAAAUGUUGCCUGUUUUUGCACAGUUACUUCACGUCUGAAGACGACUUGGGGAACGAAGAUUGAAAAUUUCCAAUAACACUUGUCUAUCUUUCCCAAAAAGCUUAUUUCUUUCGAACAUUCAACUUAUAAGCCUUCGGCACAGUCGCCAGGAGGACGUGCAGGUCCUCGUAAAAUUUGUUCUUUAUCGUGUCAGAGCUGAUCAUGGGUGGGGGGGGGGGUGGAGCUCAGACGUCGACGAUAAAGGUGAAGUUGCCACCCCGAAGAUGCUGGCGGAGGCCCAUCCAGCGAUCGUUGAUGCCCUGCGUCAGACAGGACAUGAGUCCGGCGAUGUCGGUCCGGGUGGUGAAGACGACGCCGGCGUUGCGUUGCUCUGCCUUGGGAUGACUGUUCCAGAAGAAGGUGUAGCCGUCACCCACCUCCUUCAGUUAGCCUUCUUCGGAGAACCGAGCGUCGCAGAGUAA